GGACGAAGGGAGUAUAAGUUAUUCGUUCAACUCGAUCAUUUCUAUGAUACCAUUAAUAUAUAUGUAGAUGUUGUUGAUGUGUAUUAUGUGUUGUUUGCUUAUCUCUGAAUUUUGGCAUACCAGUAUAAAGCUUUGGUUGACAAUUCAGAUUAUUGACACUGAGAAUCAAACUUAGUGCUUUGAGUGUUACAUCUUCUCUUUGGUAGUGUUUAAUUACUCUCCAUUGUUGUGAAUGUACUAGCUUAUCUAGGCACCAGGGAAAAGAAAGAGCUGGUGUAUAAGGUUGCAUCUUGACUAAUUAUAAGAUUAUUAGCAUAAUUGAUGGAUUGGUGGCUGUUGGAAGUGGCCAGAACUGGGCAUCAGAGGUAAUGAAGUGUUAUGGUAGGGAAGUCCAUGGGCCGUAAUUUCAUAAAUUAGCUGAAAUGGAAGUAUCAGUUAUUCGUUACUGAAUUAGUUUUCAUCUAGGGAUUCUGAAGGAUUUAGUGUUUAUGUGCGGUUCAGAAAUUUUGAAUCGAAAUCAUGCAAUCACACCUCACAAGUUAUCUGUAGCACCUAAUUAGACCUGUAUUCAUAGAUAAUUGUUUAUAAUUUUGUUUCAGGCAUUUAUGCUUUGUAUUUAAAGUUAGUUAUUGUCUGAUAAGUGAUAACAAGGACAAUGUCAUGUUGCCCAUUUCUGAAUUUAUGUAGGCUGUGCAAUUUCACUGAUGUAAGCCUCUAUAUGCUGUAAGUAACAAUAAAGUGAUGUAGAUCACAGUGCUCUGCUCCCUAUCCUCUUGUGCUGACUGAUUAUUUUAAAAGUGCAGGUGGUGUACCACGUGGUUUGAGAGGAAAGCUUAACAAUCUAAUGAUUCAACUCCGGAAAAAUUGCAAUCAUCCAGAUCUCUUGGAAUCUGCUUUUGAUGGAUCGUACUUUUAUCCUCCUGUAGAACAAAUAGUUGGACAGUGUGGCAAAUUCCAGUUGCUGGAGAGGUUGUUGACUAAACUCUUUGCGCGAAAACACAAGGUUCUGAUAUUCUCUCAGUGGACCAAAAUUCUUGACAUAAUGGAUUACUACUUCAGUGAGAAGGGACUUAAGGUUUGCAGAAUUGAUGGCAGUGUAAAACUUGAAGAAAGGAGGAGGCAGAUCAAUGAAUUUAAUGAUGUAGAUAGCGACUUUAGAAUAUUUCUUCUCAGUACGAGGGCUGGAGGUUUAGGCAUAAACCUUACUGCUGCCGACACUUGUGUUCUUUAUGACAGUGACUGGAACCCUCAAAUGGAUCUCCAGGCAAUGGAUCGUUGCCACAGGAUUGGUCAAACUAAGCCUGUUCAUGUUUACAGGCUUGCCACUGCACAGUCUGUUGAGGGUCGUAUGCUGAAAAGGGCUUUUAGUAAGCUGAGGCUUGAACAUGUUGUCAUUGGCAAGGGGCAGUUUAAGGCAGAGAGGACAUUGAAUAACAUUAUGGAGGAGGAGGAUCUGCUGGAACUUCUCCAAGAGGAAGAAGAUGACGAAGAUAAGAUGGUGCAGACAGAAAUCAGCGAUGAAGACAUGGAGAAAGUGCUUGAUCGCACCGACUUGCUUGUUGCAUCAGGCGCAGAUGAUGAAGAUGCCAAGGCUGAGAAGUUUGUGCUUCCUCUCAAAGGGCCCGGAUGGGAGGUGGUUAUCCCAACUGCAACAGCCUCGAAAUGAAGCUUGUCAAAAAUUGUAGCCAAAUGAAGUACAUCUGAAAUGGCAAGUUAAAAUUCACUAGCUUCUCAAUACACUACAAGAAUUAUAAGCAAGGGGGGCGAUUUUUCCUAAAAGAAGAAGGCGGCCAAAAAUUUUCCCUAAUAGAACCGAUCAAACACAUCAACAACAAAUUGCCUUCCUUGGUAUUGACAACAAGGGCGAUAUUAUAAGGCGCCUUCUUUGAUAUUAACAAAGAGGGCGAAGUAAUGAAGUCGCCUUCUUAUUUGAAGUACGGGGUAACAACCUGGUCGAUAUUAGGGAGUGCCUUGUUUGAGAAUAACAAAGAGGGCGACAUUUUCCUCGUCGUAUUUGUGGAGAAGAAAAUAAGAAAUAAAUCGGCAGAUCAUGCUUGACGAUUAGAUUAAAGUGGUCGGAGAUUUGAUCGAAUUUUUCAAAUUUCGGCAAUAGGAUUGAAGACUAUUUGACGAGCUCUUCAUCUUGGCCUGCAGUUUGUUAGAAUCGUGGCCUUUUAUAUGAUUAUCUUUUGGGGUUUAAGAACUUUUCUCAUCCCUGUCUUGCACAUAUCUGUCUAAGUGCGGAUCCUGCAAAGGCUUUAAAUAUCACAUCGAUACCUAUAUAGGUGCACUGCUUGUCACCAUGCAAUCUCUUUUUUCUCGUGCUCCAUUUCUACGGUAUUUGAUCUGGAUUUUUUUUUACAAGGAUCAUCAUCACAGGAGCAAUUUCCCUAUUUUGGCCCUUGCUGGUAAUCAAGACUUAAUCUGUCCUCCUGAAGCUAUAUACGAACAGUCAAGGUGAUCCAUGAGGAUAAAAUUACAUUCAAAGUAUUAGUUAACAUUGCUUAAAGAAGGAUCAUCAUCACAGUAGUUCUGUUGCUGCCAAGAAGGUGUAUCCAUGUAUCAUCCGUUUUAUGUACUAUAAACAUUGCUUCAAUGGGAUGAUUGUAUUGAUUAAUAAUUCCUACUCAAUAGAUAAGUAACACUAACCUAUUAGCUCAAAUGGGAGAGCAUUGUGCAAA